GCUCCCAGUUACCUGCUGGAUCUGUCCCUCAGCUGCUGGAAUCCUCCUCCUGGUUUCCGGAAACUGCAGGGCGACUUCUUUUAUAUCAGUGUUCACACUUUGGAGGGCAAGCAGUAUGACAUCACUUCCUGCCCACGUGGAUUUUACCUGAACAGAUCGACUCUGGACGUGUUUGAUCCUCGUCCUGCUCAGUCUACUCCAGUGUGUCACUGUCUGACCGACCUGCUGUCCCACAUCAGCCCACAGUUCAAACACACACUCAGCACACAGCGGCACAGGCCAUCUCUGCCAGUGGAGGAGUCUCUGUCCACACCGUACCGCACACUCAGCUGGCUGGGCUUCUGCUCGCCUCACUCACACAAAUCCAGCUUUAGCGGCCGACUGGGUCUCGACCAGGACCUCAACUCCCAGGCUCCUGACUGGAAUAAGGAACUUCAAGCAGCCCGAGAUCUUCCUCAGAGGACUCUGGAAGAGAGACUUACGAGAGAUCGAGCAUUACUGCAGGUGAACAGUGCUUUUGUGUGGGCUGUAGCUCAGGCAGCAGAGAAGGUGAUUGAUGGUUUUGUGGACCCAGUGAACGGCUCUCAGGAGGACCCGGCAUUCCUGUGUGGCGGUGUGUUCAUGAGUAUGCCUGUGCACAGAGAAGAGUGGCUUGGUGGAGAGCGAGGACACAGAGCCGCUCAGCGUCUCGAGCUGCGAUGUGUACAGGCUUACAGUGACCUGGACGCAGACCUCCAGAAACUGCACACAAUCCCCACCGCAUUAGCAGAAUAUCGUGGUGUUCGUCUGUCCGCACAGGGCCUGGCACCUGGUCUUCAGGGCCCUGAGACGGCUGAAGUCCCCAAUGGCCUUUUAUACGGCUUCACCGCUGGGCCACUGGAGAAUCCAUCCAGACGCAAACUCCUGGAGCUCCUAGCUCAGUCGGCAAAGGCUCUUUCUCUGCAGAGACAUGCGGUUGUGAGUUCGACAGGUCAUCAGCUGCCUCUCUUCACUUCUGUCGAUGCACAAGGGAUUCUGGGAGCCGACAGCCGCUAUUACCUGCUGGAUGUGUAUCGCACUAUGCCUGCUGAUGCUAACUUUCAAGUGGAAGACGGCGGAGAAGCUGAAACCAAAGAUGAGAGUUUUCCUAGACGGUAUCCUCACGUUUGUGUCGUUUACGACCGGAGCUUGUGAAGGCGUUCAUUCAACACAAACACGCUCAGUUCACACAGCGAGUGAAGGCUCACUUGGAAGAGAACGAAGGACUGGAAGACGGCAUGCAAUCUGAUGAUUCUCACAACAUCGAUGCAGUAAGAAAAGCCUGCAAAGACGUGGGAUCUGUCAGUGACAUUAUCUUUGAGAUGCGUUUCAACCCCAAUGUCUUUUCUCCAGGUCAGGAAAAGCU